AUGUGGUCUAAAAAAGUUCUUCUUUUUGGGGCAGUUCUUGCCCUUAAAGUAUCAUUUUAUGAUGCAGUUCUUUUCAAGUUUACGAAUUUCCAGUGCAAGAGUUACAAUGAGUCGUGGUACGUUAUCAACUAUUACCGUCUGAAGGCCGUCAGUCGGGACAGGGUUUUGCUCAAUAUGAAUGGAACUAUUCUGCAUCCGGCGCACAACAUUCAAGUUCACGCAAAAGUCUAUAAAAAGGCCAAUGGUUUCAAGCCAUGGGUACUGGAGUCCACUGCUGACGUGUGCAGGUUUAUGAAGAAGCGUUAUGAUCCAUUCAUAAACAUCAUCUACAAUAUUUUCAACAAAUUCUCGAACAUUAAUCACACCUGUCCCUACGUGGGUCUGCAAUUCGUUAAAGAUUUGUAUGUGAAUCCGGAGUUAUUAAUUCUGCCCUUUCCAUCUGGAGAGUAUUUGCUGACGGGUCGCUGGUAUUUCGAUAAGAAACUCAUAUUUGAUACAAAUAUCAGUUUUAUUUUUUUGGAAGAUCUUCUAAAAAGAACAUAGAAGCACUUA